CCCUGCCCCCUGGUCGCCAUGGCCUCCAUGGAGGCAGCAAGCAAGGAGGACCAGAUGGGAGGAGGAGGCGGCGCCGGAGACGCCUAUGGAGGCGACGAGGCGAAGAGGAAGGAGGAUCCGCUCGCAUCCAGUAGGCUCCUCGACCCGGAUUUCAAGCCUUCCAAGCUAUCGCAAGAUCGACUCGACAAGUUUAAGGAAUUACAGAAGAAAUGGUUGCAAAUAAAGGAACAACCAAAGUGCAAAGGGAAAUCUAGAGGAAACACUAAAAAGAAUAGCAAGGUGACCAGUGAUUGUAGAGUGGCAGACAAGGAUGAAUCUACCAGCAAUGUUGCUAUAGAUGUACAGCAUACAUCAUCACCUGCUGGAUUCCAAGUGGAUCUUUCAUCAUCAUUUCCCCCAAGGAACAAAAGGAAGUUACAUUGGGGGUACAGUUCUAUCAUUAUACUGUGUAUCAUAUAUGUUGCACAAUUCCUGGGCUUGACGUUAAAGAAAGGUGGGAGAGGAAAGCAAACAUGUGAGUUACUGAAGAUCAGUUAUGUUCAUACAACAAAAUCAUCCCUCCAUGCCUAUAUUCCUGUCUGGGAGCAGAAUAGUUCAGCGAAAAAUUCCAAGAGCAGUGCAGCAGGUUGUCUGAUUUUUGAGGUUUCUCUCUGAUGUUUUCUGGAGAUGUCGUGGCUAGACUUUGUUCCGAUCUAUUUGCUUCAAGAUCAAACCUCUAGAUCUUAUUGUAGAUACUUGAGGCCCAUGUAGGGUCCAAUCUAGAAUAAUGUGGUGUUCACAUGUACGAUUCCUGGAACAGCCAAAGCCCUGGGAAGCUAUUGGUUGGGCAUUUUUUUUUCUAAUCAUGUCUGUCUCAGCUCGCAAACAUUGUCUAAAACAGAAUGAUGAUGACAAUAUUGCUUCUGA